AUGUCCACCACCUUUACUAUUAACGGGCAGCCUUAUACGGUUAACUUGACUGACCUCCCGCCGGACAUCACCCUGAAUACCUUCAUCCGGGAGCACGCCCAACUGACGGCCACCAAGUUCAUGUGCCUGGAGGGAGGAUGCGGUGCCUGUGUCUGCACUGUGAGCGAUGGCAAGAGCUCCUGGACCGUUAAUUCAUGCCUCAAGCUGCUGAAUACCUGCUCCCAGCUGGAGAUCGUUACCUGCGAGGGUCUGGGAAACCAGAACAGCGGCUACCAUCCAAUUCAGAAGCGGCUGGCCAAGAUGAAUGGCACCCAGUGCGGUUAUUGCUCGCCCGGAUUCGUGAUGAACAUGUAUGGGCUGUUGGAGCAGCACGGCGGGAGAGUGACCAUGUCAGAGGUGGAGAACUCUUUCGGAGGCAACAUCUGCCGGUGCACGGGCUACCGACCCAUUCUGGACGCCAUGAAAUCUUUCGCGGUGGACAGCGACAUUGAGGUUCCAGCCGAAUGUGCGGACAUUGAAGAUCUGAAUCUAAAGCCAAGGAAUUGUCCGCGAUCGGGUAAAACUUGCAGGGGCGGUUGCCAGCGAUCUAAGCUCGUUUACGAGGAAGGCUACCAGUGGUACUGGCCGAAAACCCUAAUCGAAUUGUUUGAUGCUCUGGAGAACAUUGAGGAUGCGGAUGAGUUCAUGCUGGUGGCGGGAAACACAGCUCACGGUGUCUACCGAAGAUCCCCUGAUAUCAAGCACUUUAUAGAUGUCAGUGGCCUGGAGGAACUGCAUCAGCACAGCUCCGAUUCUCAGCAUUUGAAACUGGGAGCUAAUAUGAGUCUGACCCAGACCAUGGAUGUUCUUCAGAGCACUUCCAAGCAACCAGGCUUCGAGUAUCUUGAAGUUCUUUGGAAUCACAUCGAUUUGGUGGCCAAUGUCCCAGUGAGAAAUUCUGGUACUUUGGCAGGAAACAUUGCCACAAAGAAACAGCAUCCCGAGUUUCCUUCGGACAUCUUUAUUUCGUUCGAGGCAUUGGAUAUUAAAGUAUUGGUAAUGGAAAACGCCACUGAUGAACUAGAAAUGUCCCUUGAAGAGUUUUUGAGUGAUCCAAACCGAAAACUGGUGCUGAAGGCAUUUCAUCUACCAGCUUAUCCCAAGGAUAAAUUCAUAUAUGACUCAUAUAAGAUCAUGCCACGUGCCCAGAACGCCCAUGCUUAUGUCAAUGCAGCCUUUCUCCUGGAAUUGGAAUCGGAUUCUACUGUGGAAUCAGCUAGAAUUUGUUUCGGAGGCAUUCGUCCUGAUUUUACCCAUGCCACACCCAUAGAGAAACUAAUGGUAGGUCACAAGCCCUUUGAGAGCGGUCUGAUAGAGCAGAUAUUCAACAAACUGGAGGGCCUGAUCAAGCCGGACGAAGUGCUGCCCGAUGCCAGUCCAGCAUACCGCUCCAAGUUGGCCUGUGGACUCCUCUACAAGUUUCUCUUGAAACAUGCUCCGGAUGCGGAGGUCAGCGAGAAGUUCAAGAGUGGCGGGCAGAUCCUUCAGAGGCCGCUCUCCUCUGGCUUGCAGCUCUUCCAAACCCAAAAGCAAAACUAUCCAGUUACCCAGGCAGUGCAAAAGUUGGAGGGGAUGAUCCAGUGCUCCGGAGAAGCUACUUACAUGAAUGAUACGCUGACCACUUCCAACUCUGUAUAUUGCGCCUUUGUGGGCGCCACAAAGGUGGGGGCCACCAUUGACCAGAUUGAUGCGUCCGAGGCUCUCCAGCAACCUGGUGUUGUGGCUUUCUACACCGCAAAGGACAUUCCUGGAACCAACACCUUCUGCGAGCCCAGUUUCGGCUACCAGGCAGAGGAGAUCUUCUGCUCGGGCCUGGUGCGUCACUCAGAGCAACCGGUGGGCAUGAUCGUGGCCCUGACGGCUGAUCAGGCUCAAAGAGCUGUCAAGUUCGUGAAUGUCAACUACAGUAAUCCGCGGGCUGAUUUCCAAUUGCUACCAAGUUUAAAGCACGUGUUCUCAUCUCCCACCCUGGAUACCUCACGGAUUGUACCACUGGCUGUUUCGAAACUAAAUGACGUCAAGUUCUCCGAUAAGCCAGAUGUGGAGGUGCGCGGCAUCUUUGAGAUGGGUCUGCAAUAUCACUUCACAAUGGAACCGCAGACCACAGUGGUUAUUCCAUUCGAAGACGGACUACGGGUCUUUUCGGCCACCCAGUGGAUGGAUCACACCCAGUCGGCAAUCGCACACACGCUCCAAAUAAAGGCCAAGGAUGUGCAGCUUCAGGUUCGCAGACUGGGCGGAGGAUAUGGCUCUAAGAUUUCCCGCGGCAACCAGGUGGCCUGUGCCGCAGCCUUGGCGGCUUACAAGCUCAAUCGCCCAGUCCGAUUUGUCCAGACCAUCGAGUCCAUGAUGGACUGCAAUGGAAAAAGGUGGGCAUGUCGCUCGGAGUACCAGUGCCAUGUAAAAUCGAAUGGCAGAAUCGUCGGCUUGUCCAACGAUUUCUACGAAGACGCAGGCUGGAAUACCAACGAAAGUCCUGUCGAAGGACACUCCACCUUCACUGCAGCCAAUUGUUAUGAGUUCACGGAGAGCAACUUCAAGCUCAGUGGCCACGCGGUGCUUACCGACGCCCCCAGUUCCACCUGGUGCCGUGCUCCGGGAUCCGUUGAGGGCAUCGCCAUGAUGGAGAACAUCAUCGAGCAUGUGGCUUUUGAAAUCCAGAAGGACCCGGCAGAUGUGCGACUGGCAAACAUAAGCAAGAAGAGUAAGAUGGCAACUCUGCUUCCAGAGUUCCUCAAUACGAGGGAGUACUAUUCCCGGAAGAAGGAGAUCGAGACCCAUAACUCCAACAACCGAUGGAAGAAGCGAGGACUGGGGUUAUCCGUAAUGAACUUUCCCAUAAUCUACAUUGGCCAGUUUCCGGCGACAGUGGCUAUUUACCAUGUGGAUGGAACUGUUGUGGUCACCCAUGGAGGCAUCGAAAUGGGACAAGGCAUGAACACAAAGGUGGCCCAGGUGGCAGCCUACACCUUGGGCAUCGACCUGAGCUACAUAAAGGUGGAGUCAUCGGACACCAUCAACGGAGCCAACUCCAUGGUUACAGGAUAUGCCAUCGGAAGCGAGAGCGUUUGCUUUGCGGUGCGAAAGAUUUGCGAGACUCUCAAUGCUCGACUAAAGCCUGUGAGGAAACCGAAGGCCUCCUGGGUGGAGACUGUGGAAUCUGCCAACGCCCAGUCCAUCAAUCUCAUUGCCUCGGAUCACUACAAGACCGGAGACAUGCAGAACUACCAUGUCCUCGGACUGGCCCUCUCCGAAGUUGAGAUGGAUGUUCUUACGGGCAACAUUAUAAUCAAACGUGUGGACCUUCUGGAAGACGCGGGCGAGAGCCUGAGCCCUUGGAUAGACGUGGGGCAAGUGGAGGGCGCCUUCGUUAUGGGCCUUGGCUACUGGCUCAGCGAACUGCUUAUCUACGAGGGCGACAAUGGACGUCUGCUGACCAACCGCACCUGGAACUACAAGCCUUUGGGGGCCAAGGACAUACCCAUCGACUUUCGGGUGGAGCUGGUGCACAAUCCACGUCCCAGUGGGGCGGGAUUUAUGCGCUCGAAGGCCACGGGGGAGCCGCCUUGCUGUUUGGCAGUCAGCGUGAUAUUCGCCCUGCAGCAGGCCCUGCAAUCCGCCCGCCAGGAUGCAGGGCUUCCGAGAGAGUGGCUGCGCCUUGGGGCUCCCACAACCCCGGAGACUCUCCUCCUUAAUUCGGGCCACCAAGUGGCGGAAUUCAAACUGAAAUAA